ACGCAAACAUAUUCCCUCCGCCGAGUGGGAAUGUUCUACGCCGGCUGCGCCUGGUAAAACGAGCAUUACAUAUCGCGCCCAUUAUCAGCCGAGAUAAGCUCUACACUUUAUAACUUGUCCUCCGGUUGGCCGGUCUACACCAGUCUUGCUCCGUGCGCCAAAGUGAACAGUUCGCUUACGUUCGUUACCGCCCAGUUCGUUGUUUGUGAGCUCCCAACAAAGUUUGCUACCCUUUUUGCUUAAAAAAACAUCACAUCAUGGCAUCGAAGGUUCCACGCAUCACGUUCAACAAUGGGCUGUCCAUUCCGGCACUCGGCCUGGGAACCUGGGGUUCUCCUCCCGGUGAGGUUGCCCAGGCGGUAAAGGAUGCCAUCGACAUCGGCUACCGACAUAUCGAUUGUGCCCACGUUUACCAGAACGAGCACGAGGUGGGCGAGGGCGUGAAGGCCAAGAUCGACGAGGGUGUCGUGAAGCGGGAGGAUCUGUUCAUUACCAGCAAGCUGUGGAACACGUUCCACCGGCCGGAUCUGGUCGAGGGAGCGUGUCGCACGACGCUGAAGAACCUCCGGUUGAACUACAUCGACCUGUACCUCAUCCACUGGCCGAUGGCGUACCGUGAAGACGGUGAGCUGUUCCCGCAGGAUGCCAACGGCAAGACGGCCUACUCGGAUGUCGACUACGUCGAUACGUACAAGGCGUUGGAGAAGCUGGUCGGUCUCGGGUUAGUCAAAAGCAUCGGUAUUUCGAACUUCAACUCGAAGCAGGUGGAGCGAGUGCUGGCGGCCGCCACUAUCAAGCCCGUGACGAACCAGGUCGAGUGCCAUCCGUACCUUACCCAGAGCAAGCUGUCGCCGUUCUGCGCCGAGCGGGGACUCGUCAUUACUGCGUACAGUCCGCUCGGCUCGCCGAACCGUCCGUGGGCGAAGCCGGACGAUCCGCAGCUGAUGGAGGAUCCCAAGCUGGUAGAGGUGGCGAAGAAGUACGGCAAAACGCCGGCUCAGAUUCUCAUCCGCUACCAGAUCCAGCGGGGCCACGUUGUCAUUCCGAAAUCGGUCACCAAGUCGCGCAUUGCGUCCAACUUCGAUGUGUUCGAUUUCGAGCUGACCAAGGAGGAUGUGGCGCUGAUCGAUUCGUUCGACUGCAAUGGACGACUUGUUCCGAUCACAAGCGCUGCCGGACAUCCGCAUCACCCCUUCGAGAACGACGAGUUCUAAUUUCAUUUUAAUGUUUUCUUAUUGAUUAAUUGCACAGCACUAUGUGAACAAUCGUUUCCAAUAAAUCAUCUAUCAAACGUUUGAAAUAAUAAUAAUAGAGCUUCUUAGUUCG